UUUAUCACCUAAAAUAAAAUAUAACAACACCCCAUUGCAAGAAAUGUCAAAAGAGAAAAAACAAAAACCGCAAUGUUAGGCGCUUUUAACAUGCCACCAAGUUGGCAACAUUGUGGCGGCAAAAAAACACAAUAAAUGUGAUUGUUGAAUUUAACUCAGUUGCCGUGGAAAUAACAAACAUCGUUUUUGCAGUCAACGGGAAAUUCUAGAAAAAAGUUAAUAAUUAAAACAGUUCAUUUCAGACUUUGUGUUUCUCCUCGCCUUGAUCGCUGAUAUAUUAUGAAAAUCGAAGAAGUUAAAAGCACCGUCCGUACCCAACGCAUUUCUGCCCAUAGCCACAUUAAAGGUUUGGGCUUAAAUGCCGAGGGUGUCCCUUUGCCCAUGGCCGCUGGUUUGGUGGGGCAAAAGGCUGCCCGAGAAGCUGCUGGUAUUGUUGUAGACUUGAUUAAAACCAAGAAAAUGGCUGGUCGUGCCUUACUGCUGGCCGGACCACCCGGCACCGGCAAAACUGCAAUUGCCCUGGCCAUUGCCCAGGAAUUGGGUAAUAAGGUACCAUUUUGUCCCAUGGUGGGCUCGGAAGUGUUCAGCAGUGAAAUUAAAAAGACCGAGGUUCUCAUGGAAAACUUUAGACGUUCCAUUGGCUUGAGAAUACGUGAAACCAAGGAAGUCUAUGAGGGUGAAGUGACCGAACUGACACCGGUGGAGACAGAAAAUCCCAUGGGUGGCUAUGGCAAAACAAUAAGUAACGUUGUGAUUGGUUUGAAAACAGCCAAGGGCACCAAACAAUUGAAAUUGGAUCCCAGUAUUUUUGAGGCUUUGCAAAAAGAAAAAGUGGAGGUGGGUGAUGUCAUUUACAUCGAGGCCAAUAGUGGUGCCGUCAAGCGUCAGGGACGUAGUGACACUUUUGCCACAGAAUUUGAUUUGGAAACAGAGGAAUAUGUACCGCUACCCAAGGGUGAUGUACACAAGAAAAAGGAGGUAAUUCAAGAUGUGACAUUGCAUGAUCUGGAUGUGGCCAAUGCGAGACCUCAAGGUGGCCAAGAUGUUCUCUCAAUGAUGGGUCAGCUGAUGAAACCAAAAAAGACUGAAAUUACCGACAAAUUGCGCAUGGAAAUCAACAAGGUGGUUAACAAAUAUAUUGAUCAAGGUAUUGCGGAAUUGGUACCCGGUGUGCUGUUCAUUGAUGAAAUUCACAUGCUGGACCUGGAGACCUUUACCUACUUGCACAAGUCUUUGGAGUCGCCCAUUGCACCAAUUGUCAUUUUUGCCACCAAUCGUGGCCGAUGUGUUAUACGUGGCACCACCGACAUUGUUUCACCUCAUGGCAUCCCCUUGGAUUUGCUUGACCGUUUACUGAUCAUACGCACCUUACCCUACCAUUCCAGUGAAAUGGAACAAAUCAUAAAGCUGCGUGCUCAAACAGAGGGCCUACAAUUGGAAGAGCCCGCCUUCACACGUCUCAGUGAAAUUGGCAGCACAUCGACUUUGCGUUAUGCUGUCCAGCUAUUAACACCAGCCCAUCAAAUGGCCAAGGUUAAUGGCCGUACCCAAAUCUCCAAGGAAGAUAUCGAUGAUGUACAUGCUUUGUUCUUGGAUGCAAAGCGAUCAUCGAAGCAUCUAUCGGAGAAAAAUAAUAAAUUUAUGAUGUAAAAACUGUAGAAUUGACGCCCAGUGACAUAAUUGUUUGCUAUAUUCCUUAAUAGAUUUAGAAAUAAGAAAUUCUAUACCACAAA